AUGUCUUCUCAAUCUUCAGAGAAGCCGCUUCCCAGUGAGACGAGCGCCCGCGCAUUACUAUCGCUCCUGGGUACAUUCCUGGCCUUUUUCUGCUCAGUCGGCUUCUCCAAUGCUUUCGGUGUCUUCCAAACGUACUACAGCUCUCACCAGCUUGCCAACCGUUCCGACUUUGACAUAGCCUGGAUUGGAUCUAUCGCCUUGGGAAUAACCUUUGGAAUGGCCCCGGUCACAGGCGUGCUUGUUGACCGUGUUGGCGCUGCAAUACUGCUGUUUUCCGGAAGUACAGGCCUUCUCCUGAGCGUCUUCAUGACCUCCCUCGCCUCCAAGUACUACCAGUUCAUCCUGGCUCAGGCUGUUUUACAAGGCGUCAGCAUGUCGUUUGUUGCAUUCCCUUCCCUCGCUAUCACUUCCAAGAACUUCCACAGGAACCGAGGUCUUGCACUUGGAAUAACGGUCGGAGGAUCAUCCAUUGGAGGCUUGAUUUGGCCCAUCGUACUCAAUGAGCUGCUCAACCAUGAAAACCUGAGCUUCGGGUGGACUAUCCGGAUCGUUGGUUUCAUCAUGCUCCCCUGCCUUCUCCUCUGCUGCCUGUCAGUCAGACCUUCACAGCCCAUCACAACCCCACGUGUUUCGUCCGAGAAACACAAGACAGAUUUAUCCAUCAUCAAAAAUCCUGCAUUCGUCCUCCUCUGUACAGGCAUGGCUAUCAUCUAUCUUGGCAUGUUCGGCCCAUUCUUUUACGUCUCUUCAUACGCCAGCUCGCUUGGCAUGUCAACAAGUCUUUCAUUUUACAUGAUCUCUCUCCUCAACGCCGCCUCCCUAUUCGGACGUGUUCUCCCCGGAUUUCUGGCAGACCUUUAUGGCCAUUUCAAUCUCUGCUCCGGAGCGGGUAUCUUCUCCAGCGUCAUUGCAUUCUGCUGGACGACCGCGACGAACGAAGCGGGCGUGAUUGUUUGGUCACUUGCAUAUGGCUUCUCUUCGGGGGCGAUCUUGAGUCUUCAAGCAGCUUGCGUUGCAAAGAUUGCAACACAACAGACGCAAGGGACUGCUGUUGGGCUCUUGAUGGGUUCCGUAGCCCUAACCGUUCUGUUCGGUACGCCCAUUUGCGGACAGCUUGUCGGUCAUUAUGGCUACCUUGCUUUAUCAAUGUUCUCGGGGGCGACAUUAAUGGCAGGCUCGCUUCUGCUCAUAGGGGCGAAGCUAAAGGUUGAAAGAAAAUGGAUGGCUAUUGUAUAA